GCUGUUGCCCCGGAGCCGGCGCCCCGCCCCUGCGCCUCCUUUCCCGCCCUCCCCCAGGGCCCUGCGAAGGGGGGCUCAGCGUGGGAAAGGGAUGGUUGAGUUUUAACCCGAGGCAGAGCGCGAGCGGGAGCAGUGUGUGGCGGACGCGAGCGGCGGAGCGCGGGGAGAGGCGCCGCUGUGGUUAACUCCUGUUUGCCCGCCGCAGCGACCCUUCCUCGGAGCAGCCACCAUGAAGCGCGCUCACCCCGAGUACAGCUCCUCGGAUAGCGAGCUGGACGAGACCAUAGAGGUGGAGAAGGAGAGUGCGGACGAAAAUGGAAACUUGAGUUCGGCUCUCGGUUCCAUGUCCCCAACUACGUCUUCCCAGAUCUUGGCCAGGAAAAGACGAAGAGGCAUCAUAGAGAAGCGCAGACGAGACCGGAUCAAUAACAGUUUAUCGGAGCUGAGGAGGCUGGUACCGAGCGCCUUUGAGAAGCAGGGCUCUGCUAAGCUGGAAAAAGCCGAGAUCCUGCAGAUGACGGUGGAUCAUCUGAAAAUGCUGCACACCGCAGGAGGGAAAGGCUAUUUCGAUGCGCACGCCCUGGCCAUGGACUAUCGGAGUUUGGGGUUCCGGGAAUGCCUGGCGGAAGUUGCCCGCUACCUGAGUAUCAUCGAGGGACUGGACGCCUCCGACCCGCUCCGCGUGCGCCUCGUCUCGCACCUCAACAACUAUGCGUCACAGCGGGAAGCCGCCAGCGGCGCCCACGCCAGCCUCGGACACCUCCCUUGGGGGAGCGCCUUUGGACCUCACCCACACCUUGCACACCCGCUGCUGCUGCCCCAGAACGGCCCCGGGAACUCGGGUGCCGCUGCCUCGCCCACGGAACCGCCCCACCAGGGCAGGUUGUCCUCGGCGCAUCCCGAGGCGCCCGCCCUGCGCGCACCCCCUAGCGGCGGCCUUGGACCGGUGCUGCCCGUGGUCACCUCCGCCUCCAAGCUCUCGCCACCUCUGCUGUCCUCGGUGGCUUCGCUGUCGGCCUUCCCCUUCUCCUUUGGUUCCUUCCACUUGUUGGCUCCCAAUGCACUGAGUCCUUCGGCACCCACGCAGGCUGCAAACCUUGGCAAGCCUUAUAGACCUUGGGGGACGGAGAUCGGAGCUUUCUAAAGGACUGAUGCUGUAGAAGGAGGGAGGGGAGCGCUUAAGAGCCCAGCUGAGCUGGACUGUUGCCAACACCACCUUAAAGUCGUCAGUAGAAGUAAAAAGGAAGAAGGUACACUUUCACAUGAAAUUUUUUUAAAGACUCAAGGUUUGUUGGUUUACUUUUUGCUUUUUGAUUUUUUUUUAUCAUGUCAUUUAUUAGCAGUUCUGGCAAACUAGUUGUUAAAUUUUGUUUAUAACAGUACAAUCAACACCUAGGGAUAGGUUUGUCCUGUGCCUGACUUACCUUGUAAACCUUUCUGUGCGAGAAUGAUUCCGUUGUGUCCCCAACAUUUUGGAAAUCUUAGCAUUUAGUAUUUUGAGGGUCUGUUUUGCUCCUUGUAAAGUUAUGGUCUGUUUUUAGAAUUAAUUUUCCCAACUCAUGAUCUCAUUGUUAACAUGGUUCCAUUUGUGAGUAUUUUGAAAGAUUAAGGUGUUGUAUAAAAAAAAAAUAUUCUUUCUUUUUGGUGGGGAAGGGGAUUCUAUUGAAUUUUAUAUUUUUGAACAAAGCGUUGACAAAUCAGAUGAUAGCUUUAUCC